GACGUAAUCGGCGGAGGGAUCCUUGUUUGUCAGAACCAUGAUGAGAACGCAGAGAGGCAGUGAACAGGGGAGAUCUACCUUUUUAGCUCAGCCUAAUUGAGAUAGGUUUAGGUUCAACUGUAAAGACGCGUUGAUGUGAACAGCUCCGAAAGCCAAUGUUAACUUUCGGAUAGUACCGUUUGCUAGACAGUCUAGCGUUUCGUGGGCUGGCUUUUAGCUUAGUUAACUGGCGUUCUUCGGUGGAAAUAGCAAAAAUGUCGUCUCCAAGUCCGGGUAAAAGGCGAAUGGAUACCGACGUGGUGAAACUUAUUGAGAGCAAGCAUGAAGUCACCAUCCUCAGUGGCCUCAAUGAAUUUGUAGUGAAGUUUUUUGGACCACAAGGAACGCCAUACGAGGGAGGAGUGUGGAAAGUACGAGUAGAUCUUCCUGAUAAAUACCCAUUCAAAUCACCUUCAAUAGGAUUCAUGAACAAGAUUUUUCAUCCCAACAUUGAUGAAGCGUCAGGAACGGUGUGCUUAGAUGUCAUUAACCAGACAUGGACAGCACUUUAUG